AUGGGCCCAGUGGGAAAGGUUUCACGAUCAAAGCAGGAUAAUUCAAGGUAUGAUCAUAGAUCAAGGAAUAGAGAGUUGGGUUCAUCAUCGAGGUUUGGAAACAAUCGAAACACAUGGGAGACACGAGAUGAUGAUAGAAACUUGAAGGCAAGAUUUGGCGGUUACAAUUUUAACGUCAGUACUUCAGAGUUAGUAGCCGUAUCAAGAAGCAUGGGUGAUAAGGUGUGGUGGCCAAAAGAAAUGAGAUCAAAUACAAAUAGAUGUAAUCCUGGCCACUGGUGUGAAUUUUACAACGAUCAUGGUCAUAAAACCGCAGAUUGUAGGUUGCUACAAGGGGAAGUCGACCAUCUGUUGAAACAAGGGUAUCUUACUGAAUUAUUCAGUGAAAAAGGUAAGCAAACAUACAUGAAGAACAGGCAAGAGCCCCCUAAACCUCCUUCUCCUAAAAGGACUGUUAAGGUUAUAAGCGGGGGCGAGGAAAUCAACGGCGUAACAUAUACGAGGGCCAAUAAAGUUUCUAAAGUUACAAUUACCCACAGAAAGCGGGUACGACAUGUUUUGGAAGAAGAAAGUAUUACAUUUGAUGAUGUAGAUGCAGGCAGCGUGUUAACGCCUCACAACGAUGCAUUGAUGCAAUAUGAAGACAAGCUAGUACCUAAGGCACAUACUUUGUCUGGAUUCGACAAUUCAAGCGUUGUGACAAAAGGGGAGGUAACACUUGCAACCUUCGUAGAAGGAGUUGUCAAAGAUACGAAAUUUCAGGUUGUGGAGAUGGAAAUGGCUUACAAUAUGAUUUUCGGGAGACCCUGGAUCCACGAGAUGGAUGUUGUCCCAUCUACCUUACAUCAAGUUAUUAAACUCCCAUCACCAUGGGGAGUGCGUCAAAUCCGUGGGGAUCAACAGACUUCCAGGAGCAUCAAUUAUGUAGCAGAUUCAAGUGCAAAAAAUGAAGAAAAGUAG